AUGUCCAUGCCGAUGGAAUGGGGCGAUGGCCUAGGCCUCGUCAUUACCUACUCCCCCAUACGACAACAGAAUACGCCCGGUGCGCAGCGCGGCGAUCGCUCCGUACUUCAAACGGCCUUGUCUGCGCACUCCCCAGCCCCAUGUGACGAUGAAUCCGUUGUGUCCAUCGAUGCAUAUGGCGUCACACCCAAUCCCCUCUAA